AUGGUAAAGGAAACAAAGCUUUAUGAUUUAUUGGGAGUAAGUCCCACUGCCAGUGAACAAGAGAUUAAGAAGGCAUAUAGAAAGUCUGCCUUGAAAUAUCAUCCGGAUAAACCAACUGGGGAUACAGAGAAAUUUAAGGAGAUUUCAGAAGCAUUCGACAUUUUAUCUAACGAGGACAAGAGACAAGUUUACGACGACUAUGGUCUAGAAGCUGCUAGAGGGAAUGCCCCUGCCGGUGGAGCAGGGGGAUUUAGUGGAUUCGGUGGAGGUGGAGGAGGAGGUUUCCAUCCAGGAGGGUUUUCACAAGCAGAUGCAUUUAACAUAUUCUCUCAAAUGGGAGGGUUUGGAAUGGGAGAUGAUGGCUUCACCUUUAGUAGUAGCGGUUUUGGUGGCGGUAGUCCAUUUGGAGGGUUUGGAGGAGGUGGAAGUGGUUUCGGUGGUGGAAGCAGUGGUUUCAGAAGUGGUGGAAUGCCAGGAGGAUUUGGUGGUGGGCGCUCACAACCGGAACCAGAUGUCGUUACGAUGCCAUUAGCAGUUACAUUAGAAGACUUAUAUAAAGGUGCUACCAAGAAAAUGAAAAUUAAUAGAAAAGACCCUAAUGGGUCCAAAGGUUCGAGUAUCCUUACGGUAAAUAUUAAGCCAGGAUGGAAAGCUGGGACCAAGAUUAAUUUCACAAAUGAGGGUGAUUGGCAACCGGAAUGUGGUUGCAGACAGACUAUACAAUUUGUUAUUGAAGAAAAAGCACAUAGCACCUUCAAAAGAGAUGGCAAUAAUUUGCAUAUGAAUUUACAUUUAACCUUUAAGGAAUCCUUGUGUGGAUUUGAGAAAGAUGUUAUGACCAUAGAUGGAAGAAGAAUCCCAAUGUCUCGAUCACAGCCCGUUCAACCAAACACAACGACCACCUAUCCUGGAUUAGGUAUGCCAAUAAGUAAAUCACCAGGUCAAAGAGGUGAUUUAAUCAUUACAUUCAAGGUUGAUUAUCCGGUGUCAUUGACUCCCGAACAGAAACAAGCAAUCUUGCACUAUUUUUAA